UGGAAACUGAGCGACCCGUUUGCGCAUAUUGAAAUCUAUCCAGGAAGAAGAUGGGGAGCAAAGUGGCCGAGGAAGUCUUCCUUGCCAGCAAACAGGCGACCCAGUACUUUGAGAAGAUGGACAAAAAUCUGUUUUAUCAUGCCGGAGCAUUGAUAGACUCUGACUGGUUUCUUUCUGGCAAGAAAGAGGAACCUGGAGAAGCAACAUGGCUAAAAGGUCUUGCUCCACCAGAUAACACUGAAGGUCAUUAUGUCAUUGCUUUCCCUCAUUCAUCUGCUAGUUGCAAGCACACUUCAAACGAGCUACACCAACUGGUACGAGAACUGGUCACUGGUCUAUACAUAUUCCAGCAAACUCCCUCUAUUGCUCUAGAUGGCAAUCAUGAUGGUAGUAUGGCAACAUCCCUUCCCUCUGCAUACGUGGACACAUUCCUCGGGCAAACGCUCUUUUCGAUGGACUAUUUCAUCAAGUCACUGCUGCACGGUAGCACCGUCCCGCUGAGAGAAAAGAGGGCAAGAAUCAUAGAAAAAUGGAGAAAAGUUGUUUCAGAGUCGCCAACCAAGCUACCAGAGCUAUACAAAGAGUAUGGGCUAAUAUCAAUGGAGGAUGAUCCAGAGUUAGGCUCUGAGUUGUAUCACGAAAGAAGUGAAGUUCAUCAUCGAUUCCCAGCUCGGUUGGUUGACCAUACUCUCUCUGCAGCUGGACUUACUCCAAGACUUAGCUCAGGAGAGGAUCAGGCUGUCCACAAUGCUCAUGUCAGCCGUGAUGUGUUCUUGCGUUAUCUUGAUCAAGUUAGUCUUGGUCUAAUGCUGGGCCAAGGGCCAGUCCAGCAAGAUGGGAGUUUGAUAUUUCUGGAUCCUCUGGUGACUGUGUUUCCUUGUGUGACAGUUAGCAACUUGAAGAAAGGAGAAGAAGAUGUACUGCCACACUUGCACGCUUAUCUUCAAAAGCAAUCCUCCUUUGUACAAGAGAACUUAUUAAAGAAAUCCUCCAUUGCUCAUGUAGUUGAACUAUUGCAGUUUGUCUCUUUUAUCAUUGUACUGCUGGCUACAUUGAGACAGACACACAAAACCAUCAACUGCCAAUCCCUCCAGCCACCAAUGAAUCCAGAUACACUCAAUACUGAUAGGGAGGUGCCUCCUUUCCUCCCUACUCCCUCAUCUCGCUGGUCCCCUCACAUUUCUGACCAUCACUACACUAGUGCUCACGGAAAAAUUGCAUUCCACAAAGGACAAGUACCAGUUGUAGCUCUUAAGCCUGAGCUGAGACAGGCAAAGGAAGAGAUCUUAACGAAAGCUUUGAACCAUCCAAGAGAAGCAACCACAAUCACAGUGGAUGGUACAUCAUAUACAUUGGUAGUGAUAAAACUGGACGACUAUUAUCCAAAAUUCCCUCGUUGGAUUCAUGCAAUGGUCCAAGAACUAAAGUCACAAGUAAUCAAACUCCCUCCUAUUUCUGAUGCUAGAAUACAGGACUUUCUCAGACGACCUCUCGGUCUUAGACACGCCUCAAAACUAAAAACUAUUCAUUCUCUGCUUCGCCCGUGCAUUGAGAAAAAUUUGACCGGCCCUCUCUCUGUCCUCUUAAAAAGGACGACAAAGACACGACUAUGCAAGCCAGAUGAAGAUGGUUUAUCUUUGCUUCAUUUUGCUGCAUCUCACGGCCAGUCUGAAGCUGUUUCUUUAUUAAUACACUAUCAAGCUGACCCUCAUCAGCCUUGUCCCGGUACUUCCACACUACCAAUCCAUUUAGCUGCUCAAUCUGGUGACCUGGACACUGUGUGCUGCCUCCUUCAGCAUGGAGCUCAAUUAUCAGCCGCAGAUGACAAAGGAUGGUCACCAAUCCAUCAUGCUGCUUUCCAUAAUUACUCUGUAAUCAUAAGACACUUUGCUUUUCUUGACAAUGACUGCGUGAAUCUCAUUGCAGAGAGUGAUGGGAACACUCCUCUUCUUUUGGCUGCGGAGAACGGUGGAAUAGACUCUGUCAAAAUCCUCCUUCACUUUGGAGCAAACAUUUCAGCAAUGAAUCGCUUGGGACACAAUAUUAUUCACAAGGCAGCCAGCAAGCAUCACUGCAAUAUACUGUUGUAUCUAGUGGAGCUCAACAGUCCACAAUUACCACUGUGGGAGAGUCUUGCAGGGAUGCUAAAAGAAGACAUUGCUAGUGGGUUACCUCAUGUUUCUGCAUGCGCAUUGGACAGUCUCAUGAGAGCUAAGCCUUCUUGCUAUCAGGCUCUAUACGAUACUGGGGCUAUCAAGCAACUGAUGGAGCUGGCUAAAUCACAAGACGAGAGACUACAGUAUCUCUCAAUCCAAGUACUAGCUGAUAUAUCGCACGAUAAAAUAAUGCGAGAAACCCUAGCACCAUCCAUACCCAACCUUGUAAAGCAUUUGUCAUCUAGUAACGACAGACUCCAAUCCUGUGCUUGUAUUGCACUCAAUGACUUGGCAAUGGAUCCGGAGAAUCAAGAAGCAAUAUCCGAAGGACUCCCUCACCUAAUUGCUAUGCUCUACUCUCCGCAUGAUGAUGUACAGAUGUAUGCUGCUUCGUGUCUUGCUAACACGGCAAUGGAUAACCCCAAGAUACAGAGAGCAGUGAGGGAGAAUGGAGGACUAGAGCCAAUGAUUGAUUUAUUGAGUUCUCCCCUUAUGUGCACUCAAGGCUGUGCUGCGGCUAGUUUAGAGGUAUUAAUAAAAGAUUGCCCUGAAAGUCAACUAAGAGCUCUUAAUUCAGGAAUUGUAGACCCAGUUGUGCUGCUCCUCAAAUCCAAAGCUCACUCAGUUCAUACUAAUGCAGCUCGAGCAAUAGAGUCCCUUGCCAAAAACUGUCCACAAGCCCAAGCUGUACUCCAAGAUGAGAACUCUCUCAUACUGCUUCGUCGUUUAUUAAAAGUCCGUAACUCAGAGGUAAAGGUUUGCAGUGGCUCUGCUCUUUGGGCUAUAGCAGGCUCUCAGAUAAAGAACAGGCGCCUAGUAGCAAAUUUCAUGGGGAUUGAUACAGUAGUUGAUCUAAUGACAACGCCCAAUGAUAAGUUGUAUUAUGUGUGCUCUGAAGCAUUGGGAACCUUGGCUACUGAGUUAGGAUCAAAUCAAAGCAAAGUGGUUGAUUUAGGAGGCAUACUGCCAUUAGUUGAGAUACUCCUCUCUCAGACUUCUGAAGAAGUCUACAUAAGUGUAUUGCACACUCUUGGGCUCCUGCUAACUAAACCAGGUCUGGUACCAAGCACAUCACUACAGAAAGCAAUAGCAGAGACAAGAGGUUUAACUGUAUUGACGGCGCUAGUCGUGUCCCCAUUAUCAGAGCUAUUGAGAGUGAAGGCAGCAUGCACUCUAUCAAAACUGAUACUUAACAAUCCAGAAAAUGAAUCAAAGCUAAUGCAGCAAGACAGUUUCUCUCAUUACUCUCUCCUCAAGCUCUUGUCAUCUACUGAUCUGCUGGUGCGGCUCCUAGCAGGAGAAGCUCUCUCUAUAUUUGUUUUCAAUAGUCCAAAGAAGCUUCAGAUGGUUGAGGCUCAUGGGAGACUCAACGUAUCAAAUUUUCUAAGUUUGCUGACAUCGCCUGAUGAGGUCCACCGAGCUCACGGAGCAUUUCAACUAAUAAUAUUAUCAAAACUAUUGGUGGGAGUGGACCCAGCUGAGGGGAGCAUACACGGUAUCAAACUCCUGGUUCAAUUAGCUGCAUCACAGGAAGAAAGAACAAAACUGGACUCAUGUAACUUCCUUGCUUGUCUUGCAAGAUGCAAAGAAGGAAUCCCCAUAACUGCAGUAAUGGCUGGUGCUAUAACACCUCUCAUUGAUACACUGCUAAGCAGAAACCCUCCCCUUGAGGAAGUAGCCAGCACUGCAUUAGGGUAUUACACAUAUCAACCAAUGGCAUCAAGACUGAUCAGGAGCAGGUUCAGAACCGAGCCAGAGUUAUUUGGCAUAUUUAGUAAGUAUAUUAAGUAUGUCACAGUCUCAAGACAGUUCUUAGAUGAAUGGAAUUAUAUUGAGAAAGUUGGUCUCCCAUCACUGAGCUUAGAAAAGAGAGGUGGGCCUGCUAUUGGUAGCGGCUGGAAGCACAGCAGAGCUAGUGUUCCUACCACUAAAAGUGACUUUGUGACACAGAGAGCAUUGGACCGGAGGCCUACGAUGGAGAGAAUACUCCUUCACAGCUCACCUUCACUGCCAGGGGACAUGGCUAAUCCAAGAAAUAGCCUCCUACUGCAAAGAAAAUUGAACCUUUUCAAAGAGACGGAGGAAAAAAAGAAAAGGGGAGGGAAAGACAAAGUUAAAAAGGCUAGCAUACAUGUGCAUGGAAAUCUAUAAAGAAAAUAAAACAAUUACAAAUUAACAAAUCCGCUAUUUACAAAAUAAUAAUAAAUAAUAAUAAUAAUAAUAAUAAUAAAUCAUUAAAUGUCAACUUUUAUUCUAUCAAUUUUAACGUUCCAU